AUGCUAUCAAGACUUACUCGGUCACUGAACGUGAGGUCCCCUGUUCGAUGGUAUCUCAGAUUCAACUCAACUACCACCCUAUCCGCAACCAAAUCCCCUACUGGUGUAGUAUUCAUGAACAUGGGUGGCCCGUCUAAAACAGAAGAAACUCAUGACUUUUUGCUUAGACUAUUCCAAGAUGGCGAUUUAAUACCGUUUGGGAUUUUCCAAAAACCUUUGGCUCAAUUCAUAGCAAAGAGGCGUACACCAAAAAUAGAAAAACAUUAUGAAGAAAUUGGUGGAGGAUCUCCAAUCCGUAAGUGGUCAGAAUAUCAGUGUACAAAAGUAUGUGAGAUUUUGGAUAAAACAAACCCCGAUACGGCACCUCACAAGCCGUAUGUCGCAUUCAGAUACGCAAGACCCUUAACAGAAGAAACUUUGGAGGAAAUGAAAAAGGAUGGCGUUAAGCGUGCAGUCGCCUUCUCACAGUACCCACAAUUUUCCUAUUCAACAACAGGGUCAUCGAUUAAUGAACUUUAUAGGCAGACGCUAAAAAUUGAUCCGGAACGCAGUAUUGAUUGGUCAAUUAUAGAUAGGUGGCCCCAACAACCAGGCUUGGUGCAGGCCUUUGCAAACAACAUCAAAGAAAAGUUGGCUGAGUUUCCUUCAGAGGUAAGAGACGAAAUUGUCAUUCUUUUUUCAGCCCACUCGUUGCCUAUGGAAAUUGUCAACUUGGGUGACUCAUACCCAGCUGAAGUGGCAGCUACUGUGUAUAAGGUAAUGGAGAAGUUGAACUUUUCUAACCCGUAUCGUUUGGUUUGGCAGUCGCAAGUGGGUCCGAAGCCAUGGUUAGGUGGACAAACUGCCAAGAUUAUUGACAGGUUGGAGAAAAGAAACGAUAUAAAAGGUAUUGUGUUGGUACCCAUUGCCUUCACCUCGGAUCACAUCGAAACUCUCCAUGAGUUAGACAUAGAGAUUAUGGAAGAUGCUGAAAAUCCUGAAAAAAUCAAAAGAGCGGAAUCUAUGAAUGGAAAUGAGAUCUUUAUUGAAGGCUUGGCUGAUCUUGUGAAGGAACACUUACAGAGCGGAAAAAAGUACUCCAAACAGUUAGAGUUGGAUUGCAUUUUGGGUGGCGAAAAGGCAUCAGGCACUUUUAAACACCCAAGUGAGUUAUUUAGACUGUAA